AUGGCAAGCCCCACACGCCCAUCCCAGCACCCGUGGUGGGCCCUGCCCAACCGUCCCAGCACCCGAUGCGGGCCCCACCUGCCCAUCCUGGAACUUGUAGUGGGUCUCACCCACACGUCCCGUUAUCUGUGGCGAGCCCCGACAGCCUAUCCUGGGACACAUGGCAGGACCCAUCCACCUAUCCCUGGACACAUAGUGGACCCCGCCCACACGUCCCGUGACCCACGGCAAGCCCUGCCCACCUGGCCCAGCAACUGCUGCUGCUGCGGGCCCCCACCUGCCCAUCCCUGGAAACUUGUGGCAGUCCCCCCCCCCGCCCUCCCAUCCAGUGGACACCCACGGCAAGCCCUGCCCACCCGGCCCAGCAACUGCUGCGGGCCCCACUGCCGCAUCCUGGAACUUGUGCAGUCCCCGCCCUACCAUCCAGUGACCCACGGCGAGCCCUGCCCACCCUCCGGCCCACACUGCUGCGGGCCCACCUGCCCAAUCCUGAAAAACUGUGCAGUCCCCGCCCUCCCAUCCAGUGACCCACGGCAAAGCCCCUGCCCACCCGGCCCAGCAACUGCUGCAGGCCCCCACCUGCCCAUCCUGGAACUUGUGGCAGGCCCUGCCCGACCAUCCAGUGACCCACGGCAAGCCCUGCCCACCCGGCCCAGCAACUGCUGCAGGCCCCACCUGCCCAUCCUGGAACUUGUGGCAGGCCCUGCCCGCCCAUCCCGUGACCCGUGGCGAGCCCUGCCUGCCUAUCCUGGGACACGUGGCGGGCCCCGCCCACCUAUCCAGGAACAAAUAGCGUACAUCGCCCGUCCUUGA